GCGCGUUCUGCAUUCAUUAAGAGAGCCUAAUGGGCAGCAUGUGACUUUUUUUUAACUCACUGUUUUCGUAGCCGCUUAGGUGUCUAUCAUGGAAAACUGCUGGUGUAUCAUACCCCCAUUGUCAUUCCCGUACUGUCAUCACAGCUUUCCUCCCACUCAUACUUCGGCUCCGCCUCGUUGUUCACAGAGGACUCCGCGGUUCCACCGAGACUGUUAAGACAUCCUGACGCCGAGAUUUAUUUUUGCUUGGAGUAGCCCACAGGAGGACAGGGAGACUUGACUUUCUUCCAGAUGAAAUAAGCGCUCAGAGCCCUGAGGACAACAUGACUUUAACUAUGAAAUUGUUCGUCUUCUUGGCGUACACCGCCAUGAUAAUGGUACUUCAAUGUAAAGCAGAUCAGCUUCCCGCACCAACAGGGCUGUCGUACAAGUGGCUCGAUGCAUUCACUGUGAAUGUGUCCUGGGAGAAACCCAGUGUUCAGCUUGAAGACAGCAAGAUCCAGUUCAUGGUGAAGGAUGCAAAAAAUAAAACGACAUGUUCAAUCUGGAGAAAUAUUACACUACGUUUUCUCACUGAAGAGAUCCAUUCUGAUAAUUGGACGGUCAGCGUUUGGACUGUCAGUCAGUGCAACAGUUCAGAUGGGAGACAAUCUGCGACCUUGGCCAUUCCAACUCAAAAACCCAGAGGUGAACUGGUGAAGGACUUCAAAUGCGCCUUCCCCAGCACUGGAAGGAACUGUUCCUGGAUCCCAGCACAUCAGUCUCAGAAAAUGAUGCUCUCCUACAGGGUUUGUGGACAGCAGGAUGAAACUAUAAAAAGUUUAAAUACGUGUGAUGAGUUUCACAGCAGUGGAGAGAGGAAUUAUUGCAACCUGAACCUGCAACCUGACGAAGACAUCUGCAUCCUUUUGCAGACUGAAGAUGAAAUGAUCACCUUUAAUCCUAAAUUUGUGGCACCACCACUAAAACUGGAUGUAACUGAAGAAAAAGGUGUCCUCAAACUGAAAUGGACACCUCCAUCGAACGAAACAAAGAACUGCUGGACAUACGAGAUCUGCUACAAACAGUGCAAUGAGAAUGUAAGUGUAUGCCAGAACAUAAUCAAUGGAGAAACUGAGACGAAGGUUAACUACAAUAAGAGGUGCCGUUACGAGUUCCAAUCCAAAAUGUAUGGUGUUGAUAGGUGCUUCGGGUCAAGAAUAGAGAGUGACUACGUUGACACCAUAAGUUACGGUACGGAUGAGCCUGAUGACUGGACACUGACAUUGGUCGCCGUUGUCAUCCCCAUCAUUCUGUCCAUCUGCGUCAUUCUGUCCUGCUACUGCUUCAGGAGGCACAGCGCUAUAUUUUGCCCCAUCAUACCAGAUCCUUCAGCCAUAUUCAAGGACAUUAUGAUGAAUGGAAACAAAGAACUUAAGAUCACAACAGGGAAUCUGUAUACGCCAGUGCCAGAACCCAUUGAACCCUGCAAAAUUACCCUUGUAACCGAAAAGAGUGCCCUGCAGCAACACUCCUGACAUGUACAUGUACACAGAAAUGCCUGGAUUUCUCUGAGUGAAUUCUCUUCUGAAGAAUUCACCCAGAGGAGAAUUCACCCAGCACCCAGCAGUUUGACGGAAAUGGCCAUGAGUAAGCUCUCUUGCACUUUCCCUGUACUGACCGGAGUACAGUUCUGCAUCUCUGCUGCCAGAGGAGAACAAGAACGAGAUUUUCAGCUGCGGGUUUAAGCUGAUACGUAUACAGAAAUGCAACUGUAUCCUUGAAACUACCAAAAAAAAACAAAAAACAAAACUGCCCAUUCAAGGACAAGAAGGUUUGUCAUGUCUGCGCUGUGCUGAUAUCUUCCUGUGGAGCGCUGAGGAGGAGCAGGAAGACGUGUGUGUGUUUGGUUGGAUAGCAUGGAAUACUGCAAUGGGACCAGCAGAGGCUUUAUCACGUGGUAAACGUCCUAUCUUUACCUAUCUUUAAGAGAGCAGAGGAGGUGUUUCCCUACAUGUGCUGUACAGACCCAAGAGAUUGCUAAAGAAAGCAACAGAAGAAGCAUUUGUCUUGGCACGGCAUAAGUCUUGUCAAGAGGAAUGACAAGCAAUUGCUGGUGUGACUGCCAUCAUGGCAAAAUAGGCAGGAAGCAAUAAUCUGUGGUGGGACAGCACAUACUUGUUAACACUGAGAGUGGUCUCUAGACUGCACAGGAAGAGUUGCAGUGGCCGUCCUCCUCCACACUCAUAAACAUCCUCAAAUGAGGAAAACAACUUGAUUUUGUUCAGUUUGCAUGGAUACAAAACUCUCUUAUAAGGAACUGAUUGAGCGAGUGCAUGGCAGAUAGCUGUUUGCUCUGGGAAUCCUUACUGAAAAACGUAAUGAUUUAAAAUGUGAUGAACAGGUACAGCUGUGCUGAAAUUUUGAAUAUCUGACGCUGGGCCAAGCUGCUUUUCUUCGUUCAGUUCAAUUACGCUGUUGUCAAUGAGGAAUUUAACUGAACAGCAUGAACUUUGCUGGCACACAUCAGUGACUCCAGAUGUCACAUGUCUUGUAUAUUUUGGAUGGAAUAACAAUUUUAUUCUUAGUUCAUCUGAUACGUCUGUUGAAAACCAUGACUUGCAUUGCUGAGAAGCGUUUUUAACCUCUGUACUUAACUUAUACCUGUUUGUAAAGAUAACGGUGAAAGAUAAUUUUGUAUAUAUCUGGCCAUAUAUUGACCUGAUUACAACUUGGCUGUCAUUCUGUCUGAACUUUUGUGUGCUUUCUCGUUCACCAGCACACUGGAAUCCUAAAUGCAAUCCCCUCAUUAUUCACUCUUCCUUCCUCAAACUGAGAUGAAGCGUUUUCAGUUUUGUUUCUCUGUUACAUUGCCCAACACUGUUUUGUGUCUGUCUGUGCUCCUUGGGUCAGCAAGAAUAUAUUUCACACAGGACUGUAUGGAACUGUACAGAACUGUAUAAAUAAUAAUAAAAAACCAAGCCUAUAUUGCUACUUUGUUAAUAGCUCAUUUGUUCAUCUCAUGAGUCUGAGUGCUGUGGGUAUGUUUGCAAACGUGUGAAUAAACGUAAGACGUUUUG